AUGAAUGUGAAGAACCGGACAAUUGCCACCGAAUUCAUUCUUCUAGGGUUUUCAACCAAUCUUAGCAUAAAUAUUCUGCUGUUUGUCCUAUUUUUGGCCAACUUUAUUGUAACCCUUGGUGGGAACAUACUUAUCAUGUGGCUGAUAGUGGUUUAUUCCCAGUUACAUAUCCCUAUGUACUUUUUUCUUUGCAUUUUAUCCUUUCUGGACUUGUGUACCUCAACGUCUGUAGUGCCGAAACUCCUGGUUGACUUCUUCUCUACUCGAAGGUCCAUAUCACUUGGGGCUUGUGCUCUUCAAUUUUACACUGUACUUUUUAUGUCGGGAACUGAAAGUCUUCUCCUUGCCCUCAUGGCAUAUGACCGCUAUGUUGCCAUUUGCCGCCCGCUCCACUAUCAGGUCAGGAUGAGGUGGAGAACCUGUUAUUGUCUAACAGCUUUGGUGUGGAUUGUAAGCUUUAUGGUCUUCAUAAUUCCAGCCCUCUCCAUGCCAUUGGACCUCUGUUACCCCAACCGUAUUAACCAUUUCAUGUGUGAAUCUCUCGCCGUCAUGCAGUUGGCUUGUGAUGAUAUUUUCUCGAAUGAAGUUGUGAUGUUUAUGACCUGUCUCAUUGCUCUUUUUCUCCCUUUCAUGUUUAUUAUUGUGUCUUAUUCAUGCAUUAUAUCCUCUGUAUUAAAGAUUCACUCUACUAAACGGUCUAAAGCCUUUUCCACAUGCACCUCUCAUAUCUCAGUGGUGGUUUUAUCUUAUGGGACGUCAAUGAUCAUGUACUUCAGUCCAUCGUCACAAUAUUCCACGAACCACGGGAAAUACUUGUCAUUGUUUUCUUUCAUUAUUUGUCCAUCACUAAACCCUCUCAUUUACACCUUAAAUAAUAAAGAUGUUAAAGAAUCAAUUAGAAAAUUAUUUAUUGUUGCCAAGUAG